CCCAACUUCCACCUCACCACUGAACGAUGAACAUCUUUCGGCGGAUCAGUAAUGCCGUUCGAGGAGACUCGAGCAAAGACAAAGACAAGGAUAAGGACAAGUAUGAUUAUGCUUGGGGUUCGGAUAACGGUUGGGGUGAUAACGGUUGGGCUGCUCCCGAGCCCAAGGGUGCGCCCUUUCCACAAACCGUUCCAAAACGAUCGCGAUACCCUGGAAGAUCUCGCAGGGCGACAGCGAAGUCACCUUUUCACGACCAUUCCCACCAGAGUCGUGAUCACUACGCUCAAUGUGCGGAGAUUUGGGACAAACAGAACUCUCAAUGGAUGAUUUUCGACCCCAAGGACGCUCCGUCCAGGCCUGUAAUCAAACAUGACGAUCAUAUUUAUUUUUGUGUCACGGCGAGGUACCAAGACCACUGGAGCGAGCCUUACGAUAUCCUAACUCAUUUCGCUGAGCCGUUACUUUCUUUUGUCAAUACGACAUGCGGAUCUUACGGCGCCUGGGGAAAUGGCGCCGGAACCUGGGUAAAUGAAGGUGUAUCGAACGCAUUAGAGAUGGGCCAAGGUUUUAGAUCAUUGAAGAAGAUCAAAGCGAAACUGGAGGAGAUCCAGGAUGUUCGGAAGAAGACCUCGCGGAAAUCCACUCAGGAUAAGCUCGAUUUGGUAAAAUGUCUCGGAAACAUGGCCGUCGAUAACCGAACACCUGAAGCAGACUUGGAUAAGUUCCUUGGGGACCUCGAGAAACAAUUGAAGGUCUUCGUCGCGUAUCUGGAGAAGAAAUUCAAGCCAAUUGCAGAAAGGCUCGCAUCCGCGCUUCGCUACGGUUACAUGGAGUUUGACCUACUUCCGUACUACUUCGAACCGGGACAACAUGUUUCGUUCACUUCUGCCAAUGGAAAUCUCCUCGCGAUGAAUGUCACUCACGUUCACGUUUACGAUGAUGCUUCCCAUGUCGCUCCUAACUCCUGCAAACGCUUGAGUCACAUCUCCAUCGAGGGCUUUGGUUACACAUGGGAAGGGGUUUCUUUCACCACUCAGCAUCUCAAGACUUCAUGCUACUCCUUCACCGGUAAAAAGGAACUCUCAGAGCUCCCAGUUAAAAUUCUGACGCCUGAGAAGCGGGAAGAACUCACAGCUCGAGGGAGGCGAUAUAAAGCAGAGGCUGGAAUUCGCUAUCGAGUUUACAAAGGCGACCGAAUCGUUAUCGACAGACUCGGCUUCGUCGAUGCCCAAGUCUACGAAUCGAACAAAAAGAGAGCCAAGAUUCGACGGCGUGAUUCUUACGAUUCCUAUGCAAACCCAGACCCGCCGACGCUGAAUCCUGAGUGGUCGACUCGAAGCGUUGCAUGGCCUCAGACGAAUGAGAAGGACAUUGCUGACGAAUUGUUAUGCUUCCUCCCUGUCGACCUUUAUGGGUAUAACUUGUCAAGGAAGGAGUGGCAGUUGUUUGAUUUGGAUUUGGUGAAACCUGUUCAGUACGAUGGGAAGGCUUGGGACCAUCUGGUUUUGGAUGCGGACGUCAAGACUCUGAUUAAAGGAUUGGUCGAAGUCUCCACGAAAUCCAUGACGGCUUCUGGAGCUCUAGUCAGUGAUGUUAUUGCAAAGAAGGGAGGAGGAUUGACUUCAGUUCUCUAUGGCCCCCCAGGAACCGGGAAGACCCUCACUGCAGAAGCCGUAGCUGAACUUCUUCGUCGUCCUCUACUCACCGUCGGAUCUUCUGAUCUCCCAAGAGAUCCCUCCGGUAUGGAAGAUACCUUGCGACAUGUUCUGAAGCUCGCCACAGCCUGGGAUGCAGUCUUGCUAAUUGACGAAGCUGACGUGUUCUUGGAACAACGAAGUCUGCAUGAGAUUGAACGAAACGCUCUCGUGUCCGUUGCCUUGCGGGUGUUGGAAUAUCACCGUGGUGUUGUGUUCCUCACGACAAACAGAAUCAAAGUCUUUGAUGAAGCCUUUUUGUCUCGGUUCUCUAUCGCCGUCAAGUACCCUGAACUGAACAAGCCCGGUCGGUACCUGAUUUGGUCGAGGUUCCUCGAAUUGGCUGGGUACAAGAUCGUCUCGUCCCCUUUCGUCACGGAUGACGAUUUGAAUGAGAAGAUUAUCCCGCGCCAGUCUAUUGAGGAACUGGCGGAGAAGAAAUUCAAUGGACGAACGAUCAAGAACCUGGUCCGCACCGCUCAAGCCCUCGCUCUCUCUGCGAACUCUCACCUCAAGAUGGAGCACAUCCAUGUCGUUGUCAGGGCUCAAGAGAAAUUCUUGGAAGAUUUCGCUGUUGAAAGGGCUUCGCCAUGAAGGAGUUAUCAAGUAUCGUUUGCAAAGGAAGAACGCGAAUAGCAUGUAUUAGUAUAAAACUAUGUUUUCUUCUACUUUCUUGGUGCAAUGAAAUACAGGUAGACUCGAC